AUGCGCUCGGUCCUCAAGAAAGACAUCAAGCUGCAAGCUCCCAUCUUGCCUCUGCAUGAUCGCCCUGCAAGCCACUUCAGUCCAAUCAUGGACCCUGAUGCACGCAUCCAAUUUCUAACACAGCUCCCCGAAGCGAAACCUAUGCGCGCUGCCUUGGAGUCGGGAAACAUGCGGGUGCUGGUCAGCUCGACUUCGUGGACGCCUGAUGAAGACUUUUCUAUUCUCAUCGAAGCCUUGCUACAGUAUUCCGCCCUUGCUACUUCGCAAUCCGACUUGCCUGAGAUCCUAGCGAUCAUCACGGGCAAAGGCCCUCAAAAGGAAAUGUACCUUCAGGAAAUCAGAAGCCUGGAAGCCGCGGGCAAGCUUGGGAAGGUUACCAUUCGCACAGCCUGGCUGAGUAUGUCAGAUUAUGCAAAACUUUUGGCCUCUGCUUCGCUCGGUGUAAGUCUGCAUACUAGUAGUAGCGGAGUAGACCUGCCAAUGAAAGUCGUCGAUAUGUUUGGUGCUGGUCUGCCCGUCGUGGGCUGGGAUCGCUUCGAGGCAUGGCCUGAGCUGGUGACGGAGGGAGUGAAUGGGAUGGGAUUUGGCAGUUCAAAUGAACUAUCAGAACAACUGGUUCAAUUAUUCGGAGACGACAAGAAGCUUGAGGCCCUACGCGAGGGUGCUCAGAAAGAAAGCACUCGGCGCUGGGAUGAUGAAUGGGAUCCCAUAGCAGGUAAGCUGCUUGGGUUAACAUGA